CUUCAAACCAAAUCAAAACCAACAAAACUGGAUACAUAUCGAUCUUGGUUCUUCCUUUUUGAAUCUCACUUCAAAGUUAAUCUUAUCAUACAUACACUUCUUUGGCAUUUUUAAUUCCGAUCACCCCGGGCGGUUUUCUCUCUCUCUUGAACUUCUCCUGCUAGAACAGGACUUCAUCUUCUUUCUUUAAUCUUGUUUCCUUUAAGAUUUUAUUGCUCAAAUUUUCCAAACCCCGAUCUCACUUGUCUACAAAAUAACCAAUUGAUCAUAAUAAUGGGCGAAGGAAUUAAAAGACCAAUGAAAUUCAAAACAAGGAUUUUCUUGAACUUAUCCAUCAUUCUUGUUUCUAUAUCAGUUUUCAUUUUGAAUAUUUUUACAAUUUUAACAUUACAAAAUUUAAAUAAAACAAAGCAUUCGAAUUCAUUACCAGUAGGAUCACAAGGAGCAGGAGCACAAGACGUAACAGAAGAUUAUAGUUUUGAUGAUUUGAUUAGUAUUUCAUUAGCUUUAGUUGUAAUCACAACUUUAACUUCAAUAAUCACCAUUAUCAAUUCGAUUUAUUUAAUAUUUUUUCCAUUCAAAAGAGUUCAUUCAUUAAAUCUUGUGUUUUCAGUAGUGUUUAUAAUCUUUUCUUUAGGAUCAAAUAUAGGUUAUUCAAUCUUAAGCUUUACUAAAGGUCCAACAACCAUUCACACCAAUCUAUUUUUUGAUCUUCCUAGUAAUAGUAAUAGUACAACCAUUGAUAAUUAUUAUGAUUUACAAUCUCAUCAACCUGUGAUUUCGAAUCCAUUUCUUUAUAUUACACUUUGGUGUGUAAAAUCAUUCUUGAUAUGCAUUUGGACAUUUUCAAUCUUUUCAUCUUCAAGUAUUAUUUUCGAAUUCAUGGCCAGUAAAUCAAUCAAUGAAGAAUUUGGUCAAAAAGUUAUUAUAAUUUAUGAUCAUUUUUCUAAUUCGAAUUUAACUUCAAAAGAAAGAAGAUCAAUACCAAGUACUGUACCCGAAAAAUUCAUUCAUCAAUCUUUUAUUGAAUUUUAAGUCUCAAAAAUAAACAAAAAAAUAAACAACACUUUCAUUUUGUAAAAAAUACUUUUGCAUUCUGUACAUAAGCAGAGCUGGAUAAUCGAAUCUCUUGUAUUAAAAUGCUUAGGUUUUGUUUAUAGGAUGUAAACUUAAAGCAUCAUAUAAAUUGUCUGUUUUUUUAUAAUACUAUGCAUUUUUUUCUUG